AGAGAGAGAUAGGAAGAUAUGAAUUCGUUUCCAGAAGAUCUAUUAGCAAUUAUACUCUCGAAAUUACCAAUAAAGAUUUUCACAGCGUUGAAACUUGUUUGCAAGCAGUGGAAAUCGAUCGUGGAGUCUCCAUAUUUCCGUGACUUGUUUCAGUCUAUGGACCAAAACUCAGAUUCUUCAUCAUGGUCGCUCAUGCAUUAUGGUAAUGAAAAAGAAGUCAUAGCUCACUACAGAUUCAACACUUGGGGACUCGAACGGUCUCUAGGCUCUUACAUCACGUCAUUCCUAACCAAGAAGUUUGAGAGUCAGAGAAACAACUACAGAGUCUGGGCUUACAGUACUGAUGCUGGUUUAAUAUUAAUCAGUGAAGUCCCUAUGCAUGUGAAUAACCGAUCCUUGUACGUGGCUAAUCCAGUUUCACAAGAAUGCGUAAAGAUCCCUCCUCAUCAUAAGGGAGAUUCGUGUCCUUUGGGAAUUGCCACACGAACUGAGAAUGGCGUUCUUUUGGAUUACAAAGUUGUUCUGUUUGGUCACUCUGAUGAGGAGAGCUUGCUGAUAUAUUCAUCUGAGACAGGUUUGUGGACUUUCGACACUGUCCAUUUGUCUCUGUUUGGUUUUUAUAAUCAAACGCCCAUUAGCUUGCACGGGAGUAUUCACUGGAUCGCCACCAAUGGUAAUCAAGAUCAUGUUGCUGUAUCCAUCGAUUUCUACGCAACUGGCACGAGCUCUGUUCAAGGCCGUGUGACUUCUUUACCUGAUUCCGGACAACAAUUCGAUAGAUCUUUCUCAACUUGUCAAGGAUCUCUCAUGUAUAUGAGAAUAGUCUCUGUUACCAAAGCAGAUGGAACUGUAGAGGAUAAGCUAUGUGUAUGGAGGCUAAAGAGCGGAGAAUGGCAACUAGUAUCUACUUUUAUUUAUACUGGUCUCAAGUAUUUCCCGAUGGGAAUAAACCCUUUUGAUGCUAAUACAAUAUACUUUUGGAGUAAGGAGGACCGAAGUUUGCUAUCUUUUAACGUACGCAAUGAAAAGUUUGUGCUCGAGAGAAAGUUGAAACAUAGCCGCGACCUAACAGGAUCAUUCUUUUCCUCGUUCGUCCUCCCACAAUGGCUGCAUAAGAUUCCCAAGACGGUGAGAGAAUAG